GUUAUGUUCACUAUGACUAAUCUGUUCCCAUUGGAAACGACAGGCAGUGAUAUAUCCUGGGUUACGACAAUGCCGUUGGCGAAUGGAAAGCUGCAUGCGCCAUUACGCAUGAGUUUACACUACUUCCUCGUUUACAAAGCCGUACGACUCCAACCAAAUUACACAUUUCGAUUGUUAAAUUGUGGGUGCAGUGGAAACCACACAUGUUUACCUAUCAGACAGUUGAACAUCUCUCGUAAUAGAAUGGACAGUAAGAAGAACAUUGAAAAUAGGUCUAUUCACUCGGACAACGUCGAGGAAGUUCAUAACGUGCCAAUGGAAGUUAUCAUACGACCAAUCCCUCCUCUACUAGAUGAGUGCAAAGUUCAGAGCCUUAUGGGUACAAUACAGGAAUCUACAGACAUCAGCAUUGUUCCUCCUAUUGAUAUACUCUGGAUCAAGGGCAGGGAAGGAGGGAAUUACUACUACUCCUUUGGAGGCUGUCACCGGUUUGAGGCAUACAAACGGUUGAAAAUGAACACCAUUCCAGCAAAGAUCUUCAAAUCAAAUGUUGCAGACCUACGCACUUACUUGGGCUCUUCAACCCCAGACCUACAGUGAAGUUGAAUUAACUGAGGCCUGUUUUUGAGUCACAGUCAGUAUGAGGACUGUAGAUGUGGGUAUACUCUACACUGAGUGUACAAAACAUUAGGAACACCUGCUCUUUCCAUGACAUAGCUUUCACCUGGUCAGUCUAUGAUCCCUUAUUGAUGUCACCUGUUAAAUCCACUUCAAUCAGUGCAGAUGAGGAGGAGACAGAUUAAAGAAGUAUUUUUAAGCCUUGAGACAAUUGAGACAUGGGUUGUGUAUGUGUGCCAUUUAGAGCGUGAAUGGGCAAGACAAAAUAUUUAAGUGGUAAUAGAUGCCUGGUGCACCAACUUGAGUGUGUCAAGAACUGCAACGCUUCUGUUUUUUUCAUGCUCGACAGUUUCCUGUGUGUAUCAAGAAUGGUCCACCUCCCAAAAGACAUCCAGCUAACUUAACACAACUGUGGGAAGCAUUGGAGUUAAUAUGGGCCAACAUCCCUGUGGAAUGUUUUUGACACCUUGUAGAGUCCAUGUCCAGACGAAUUAAGGCUGUUCUGAGUGGAAAAGGGGAGUCAAUAUUAGGGAGGUGUUCCUAAUGUUUUGUACACUGUGUAUGCUAAUCAGGGGUUUCAGUCAUAAUUGUAUGUAGUGCAGUGUAAGUACUGGCCAGCAGGUGGAGAUGUGACUGUUUUAUAUCAUGCCAUUAUAUGAAUUUCCCUCAUGUAUCACCUUUGACCCGGAAGCUGGAACAUUAUAUUUCCAUAUACCUAUAGCCCCAAUUAUAUAUAUAUAUAUAAUAUAUAGAAUUUUAAAAAAUGAAUUAAGAGAUUAACUUAAUUUGAAGUUGUAAACUUGCUUGUAUUCUAUCUGCAAUGUAAAUGUGUAAGUUAAAUGAUUAUGAUGCAAUUAAAGACAGUGUGAAAGUCAA